UGCGCGCUAGAAGUGGGAAAAGCAUCCGAAGUCGGCUCAACUCAGUAAAGGUUGAAUACUCUCCUGCUGGGCCUCACUGCCAAAUGACCGUCUGCCUGACGGACUCAAAUUUACACCAAGCAGGCCCCUUCCUGCUGUUCUGAAGUUGCAGACUCAAGAUCACUCUCCACGAUGACGGCCCAAGAAAAUAAAGGGUAUGACGAGGAGACUGCUCCGGAUUUGGCACAAGUUGAGUUGGAGAUUAUUUCUGAGAGUGAACCAAAGGUCAGCAACGGCAAGCCGGUCGAUCACAUCGAAGAUGAACCUAAAAAGAAAAAACAGAGGAAGUGGACUGUGCCACGGCCAGUCAAGGAGAAUUGGCGGAAGACGCGCAAAGUGCUGACCAACCGAGUGAUAGCGAACACCCUCAUCAUCCUGUACUUCACUGGCUCACUCCUCUACUGGUUCGUCUUCAACGACAGCAACCGCCAAUGGAAAAUCUGCGAGGACGAGGGUUUGGUUUUGGUGCUCGUUUUCUUCUACGCCUGCUACUUGCUCGCGUACUUUGGACGAUAUGUGUCGAAAAUCGGAAUCGUCUUCAAAGUUGUCUACAAAUCCAGCGUUAAGAUCAUGGGACCAACCUUGACAAAAGUAUGGAUCUACGGCAUACAAAUCGGAGCUUUGACCGCCUUUUUGAUCUGGGAUAUCUGGGACGAAUUCGACAGAUGGAGGUCAAUUAUUGGCGUGUUUAAAAACGGUCUUGUGUUGUGGAUUUUCUGCCGUAACAAGAAAAAGAUCAACUGGGAAGUGCCGCUUAGAUCUCUGCUGCUGCAAUUUUACGUGUGCAUGCUCAUGUUGCGGAUUCCGUUCAUCAACAACUUCAUCAGUUGCAUCACAGACAAAUUCACCACCUUCUUGAACUUCUCCAGAGAAGGAGGAGCAAUGGUUUUCGGCGAGGAACUGGCGAACAGCGUGUUUGCUUUUAUGGUACUGCCAGUUAUUUUGUUCCUGAGCUUUGUGGUUGCCGUGCUAAACCACAUGAACAUUUUACCGAAAUUCAUCUCUGCCCUUGGAAAAGGUCUGCUCAAAAUCUUGGGCACAAAUUCCGAAGUUGAGGCUUUUACGGCUGCUUCCAGUGUGUUCCUCGGCCAAACCGAGUCACCACUUCUGAUUCAGCGCUACCUGCCAAAGUUGUCGAAGUCAGAAAUAUUCACCAUCAUGGUCAGUGGACUGUCAACAAUCGCAGGAUCCGUCAUGGCAGCUUACAUCACAUUAGGCAUCUCGGCCGUGCAUUUGAUCACCGCAUCGAUCAUGUCGUCAAUUGGCGCCAUAGGAGCGUGCAAGUUGAUCCUGCCCGACACGGAAGAAUCGCAAACGAAGGACAUGGAGAUCUCAAAACAAACGGAAAAAACAAACGUUUUCGAUCUCACAACGACGAGUGCAGCGACAGCCUUUGAAGUCAUUAAGUCAAUUGUCGCCUGCCUCAUCAUUUGGCUCUCAGUGAUUCCCUUCUUCAACGCAGUUAUUGAAAAUGGGCUCUACCUCCUCUGCGGUGUGGAAGGAGUUACUUUCGAAUACUUGCUCGGCCUUCUAUUCACUCCCUUCGCAUACUUGAUGGGAACCGACUGGGCAGACUCCACUAAGGUUGGAAAACUGGUCGGAAUGAAGAUUAUUAUCAACGAAUUCGUAGCCUACACUGAGCUUCAGAAGCUGGCAGGAGUUAUUACAGAACGGUCAUUCAUGGUUGCGACAUACGCACUUUGCGGAUUCUCUAACUUUGGAGCAGUUGCAACCCUGGUAUCAACAUUGAAAGUGAUGGCGCCAAAUAAGACUAACGAUAUCAACAAAAGCGCAUACUGGGCCCUACUCACGGCCAACGUGGUGUGCGACCUGACUGCUUGCAUUGCAGGCGCACUGACGGUAUCAUAAUUGUGAGGACUGCAAAAGUAUUAGCUUUUAUAUAAAUAAACUAUUAAAAUAAUAUUAAACUAAGUUGGUGUAAUUAAGCAAUAAACUUGACAAGAUAUAUAUUUUCAAGAAAAUAA